ACUGGAUAUCCAAUAGUACGCAUUCUCAUUGGUGGUGAAAUCAGGGACCUGGUGCAGAUUCUGAUUGGUUUAAGAGCUGGCUUUCCACUCCUCGUAUGUGAAGGAACCGAGGGACUUGCUGACAUACUAGCGGAAGCAAUGUCCUAUGUUAAUGAGGACGAUGAUGACGAUGAGGAGUAA